GCCGAGUCACUGUUAAUUAUUUGUUCUACUUUUCUGUAGCUGGAUGAUCAAUGCAUUAACUGCUACGCUUGUUAGAGAUAGAUGCACGUUUUUAGCUUAGUCCUCGAGUCUUGUUAUAUUUUUUACAAGUCAAAUACAAUAAUACGGCAUAUCUAUCAAUCAAUAACUUGAUUAACUGGCAUUUAUUUUGCUUUUAACUAAAUUAAUAACAUCUAACCCCUUUUCACACACGAACACUAUAAAAUCCCAGCGUACUUUUCUCAAAUAAGCAACCGCCCGUAUAGUAAACAAAGCAAGUGGUUUCGGUUUCUACAGUUGCUGAGGUUUUAAAUCUACUUUAGUUGCUAUUUUUAUUAUUUUAUUUUAUGUGCUGAGUUUAAAAGGGACGCUGAUCGUAUCCUUUGUUUACAUUUUCUCCUCUUUACCGGUAACAUUCAUUCGGUUACAGGUUUGAUCGAUGCUUCGUUAAUAAUAGCUAUUGUGUAAACUUUUAUAUUUUUAUUAUCAUUAACACCAUUCGUGCAAACAGAAAUCUUCAUCCCUAAUGUUUUACCAGCAAGAUAUAUAAAUUCAAACUGAGGAUACUUUUUCUUAACAACUCUAAAACAAAGAAAUACACCUGUUGUACAUAUAUAAAUAUUUCUAUUUAUGUUCACUACUUAAAUACCAUCUCGCUUAUAUUUCUUCAUACCCAGAACUGUUAGAGGACCCACGCAUGUUUUGUUAAGAAUCUUUUAAUCGAUAUUUUUAAUAAUAUUAACACAGUUACCAAUAUGUACGAUCUCAAGCGUAAAUCGUGUGUUUUAUCGAGCUGCGAUACUUUUGCUGGAGACAACAAUACCAGGAAUGGGGACUUCACUACUUUGGCUAAGAAACAGCGUCCUUCAUCUAAUAAAUUUAUAUCUACCUGUGUGGAGUCUGGUGCCGAUAACAAGCUAUCACUGGAUAACAUCAACAGCUGUGCUGUUGUGACUAAUUCCUGUUUACCUCAGUUUAAUACAAACAUCUCCUUUGAAUCGUCAACUCUCCCAUCGCAAUCAGAACCCAGUGAUGACAAUAUGGAUGUUUCAUCUGCCCCAUAUUCAUGCCCUGUCAUAUACUCUCAGCCUCGGUCAUGCAUCAUGUGUGCUGCAGGAGACUCUGGUCACAUAAACCAUAUAUUGAGGUGAUAUGUCCCAGUGAUGAGAAAAUCUACAAGAAUCCUCAUAACUACAACUUUUACAUGAAGGACUGGUCCUUCUCUUUUCUUUUUUUUUUUUUUUAUACUUUUUCAUAACUGACUGCUAUGUCAAACUGAAGAGGGAGGCAACAGCUAAAAUAAAAA